AUGUCUUUAAUUGCAACUGAAAGGAACAUAUUCCCGCAGAGCUACCGUGGACGUUUGACUGAAGGGGUAACGUAUGACUAUCGCAACAAUAACUUAUUAUGGAUCGACAUCAUCCAAGGUGAAGUUCAUCGUCUACUGUUGGAUGAUCUUAACAAGCAUGAUGUUUUGAAAUGGCCUGACCCAAAGGAAUCAAUUGGUUUUGUUUCUCUCACUGAAAGGGAAAAUGUGGUGUUGGUUGCCGCUAAAUCUGGGUUAGCCUAUGGCGAUUUCAGCACAGGCACAUUGAAAUAUUUCUUCAAAUAUCCAUUUACCGAGGAGGAAACCCAUAGAUUGAGAUCGAAUGAUGGAAUUAUAGACCCCUGGGGUAAUCUUUGGAUCGGAGUUAUGACGGAUUUCCCUGUUAGUGCAAAAGAAGGUGUUCAAGCAGAGGGAAAAUUGUUUCGUAUCACUCCAGAUUUAAAAGUUGAUGUGAUGUUGGAGAACACCAAGAUUUCCAAUGGCAUGGCUUUCAAUGACGACGGGAGUGAGGUGUACUGGACUGAUUCUUUAAACUUUACAGUAUACAAGUUCAAAUACGAUCAUGAAAAGAAUGCAUUGAGCAACAAGACUGCAUUUAUUGAAACUAAACACUUUUAUCCAAACGAAAACGACCCUGAGCCAGAUGGGUUGGUUCGCACACUCAAUGGGGAUAUAUACUCUGCUGUAUUUUCAACUUCAACAAUUUUGCAUGUCACUGAAAGUGGUGAACUAGUAGAAAAGAUUCAAGUACCAGCAAAAAGAUGCACCUGUGUUACCAUUGGGGGUCCCGAUGACGAUGAUUUGUAUGUAACCACAGGGCACUUGAAACUCGACGAUUUCGAUGCCAAAAUCGAUGCAGAUGAUAUGUUCGGAGAUCUUGGUGGAUUUUUGUUCAAAUUGAAAGUCGGACUCAAGGGACAAAAGAAGAAUAUAUGGGGUGGGAAAGUAGAUGCGUAG